UGUACGGAACGACUUGCGCAAGUUCAUUCUUGUUUCGACAUCCAUGACGUCAGUGUUUAAUGGCGGAAGAACUUUGAGUUCGUAUUUUUUUUUAAAGGAACUAAUUUGAACGAUUAAACCGGUUUUAUAAACGUAAAAUGACUAAUUGCACACUUUUCGGGGUUAAUUUUGUAAUUGUUGGUGUUUUGUGUGGUUUUAAUGUGUGCUAAUCUGACCGAAGUUUGGUGUGGAUGAAACAGCAAUUAGAGAAGUUAUGAAGCACAUCCAGCUCGCAUCAAGAAGUCGCAGCUAUAAGCGAUUACCUCCGCCUUGGCCAGGAAUUAGAAGCUCGAAGAACGGUGGUUGGAAUGCCGGUUGCAUGUGCUUCCAUUGCGCCUCGAAGCUGGUGACCUACAAGUAUGGGCUGGCUUUUAACCCUCGUCCUCUUGCUAGCCCUUAUCACACUAAUGGCGACCGGACUGCCGUCUCCACAAGGGAGUGCCCACGUGCAGCCGCAAGCGGGCUACCAGAGCACCCCCAGUCCGGGCAUAUUAUUCCCGGGGGGAGGGGGCGGCGUUGGGGGCAUCCGGAGGACGCUGUCGGGCUGGAGGGAGUGGAGACGCGCCGACCCGACGCUCAUCAACAGCCUGUGGCGCAGCAAGAUGGGCAACGGGAUCAGGAAGCAGCUAGGCAACGCCGAGGUGUACAUCAUGCUGGCCCUGCUCAUCGGGCUGGUGACCGUGGUGAUCGGGUGCUGGCUGUCCGACAACUGCUGGUCGCCGGACCCGGAGGGCCACGUCGUCACCGUGGCCUGACCAACACCGAAACCCCCCCUCAGCCCGGACAUCCCCAUCAGCAUCGUCAGCGUGUCGUCCUCGACCUCCUCCAGACCCUCGAGCCCCGAGAGCGACUGGCCGCUCGUGGAGCCCUCCGACGGCGACUCCAUCAACCUCUGACACCACGCUCUGUGCGACAAGAAGGAGACCGAGCCGUGUGAGCUCCACAAGAUGGAGAACGGUUACGCGUACCAGAUGGACGGGAGCGUGCUCAUGAGCUGAACGGUUGACCGCCCCAGAGGUGGCGCACUCGAUGUGUUUUAUGUGAAAUUAUAAGUUGUCAAUUGUCAAUUAGGGGUUCCGAUUUUGAUUCUUCUGACCUUUCACCCCGUGUUUAUUAAGGUGCCUUUUAGACUUAGGCCUUUUUUUUUCGUACUGACCUCGAGUUCUUGGAGCCGGUGGAGAUUUAUGGUUUUACAUAAAAUGCACGGGUUUUUCAAGGGAAAUCGAUCUGUCGCUCGGUGUUGUAUGUAUCGUGUAAAGUCGGCUUAAGAUUUGGUUGAGGUAUAUUCGGUUUGUUCUGUUUUGAUGAUUUCGUAUUCCGAGACUGCAAUUGCCAAAACGGAUUUGUACAAGUGAAUUCCCUUCUGUUUAGUUCGAACUGGACGGUCGAAGGCCAUGGUGGGGGUUUUGGGCGCGCGAAAUGUGGUGGCAGCACU